CACCCUCUCUGUGUCUCACAUACGGAGGAGAGGAGGACAGUGAAGAAGAGGAGACAGAGAGGAGGAGGAGAAGAAGAAGAGGAAGAGGAAGAAGAAGAGUAGGAGGAGGAGGAGGAGAGGAGGAGAAGGAGGAGAAAUGCCCGCUGGACGGAUGGAUUUUAUUUUCCCCGAGCUGCACGAGCCUCUAUAAGACAACAUGGGCUGCAUAGGAUCCCGGACGAUCACAGCGGAUGCUGUGCCGGUACGGAAAGAUGGGGAUCAGCAUGGGCGUACCGAGUUUUCCUGGGAAGGAAUCAAUUUGUCCAUGGAGGACACUACUUCCAUUCUGCCUCGUCUCAAGAGGAAGCCCAACCCCAACUCCUAUGGGAUCGGUGCCCUGGCUAAGUCCUCUCUGACAGGUGUGUCAGGUGUGACUCGCUCCAUGAAGGACAAAGUGACCAAGCCCACUGCCAUGGCCCAGGGUCGCGUGGCCCACAUGAUCGAAUGGCAGAGCUGGGGCAAACCAUCUGCGGGGCCGAUGGGGGGUGCGGGGCAUACCAACCUACAGAGGGAAAAGGAGAGGAGGAUGGAAAACGACGCUUACAGCGACCUCAGCGACGGCGAGAAGGAGGCUCGCUUCGCUGCAGGCAUCAUGCAGCAGUUCGCCAUCUCUGAGGCGACGCUGUUUGGCUGGAACUCGAUGGACGGGGAGAGCAUGGGAGCCGGGUCCAACCAGGGCAGCGUCGCUCACCUCAGUGAGGUCAACCAGGAGAGCAUCACCAGCAGAGACCAGGUGCUCCAUCACUCCUCUGCGGAUGUCUGGCCUCACACCUACGUCUCGCAGGGUCUGUACUGCCUGUCGUCCUCAGACGCCUGGGACCCAAUCACCAGCCAGCCCUCGGGCGUGGCGUCACCUGCUGCAGGCUCCUACAUCAUGGCAACAGGUGAGGACCGAAUCGUCCCUGUUAACGCUUCUUUGACCGUGUCUGAUUCGCUACCUGUGGCAACAUGUUUAAUGACCGUUCCAGGUGGCAGCAGUGGAGCAGGGGGGACACCUGGUGAGGGCUACGAGGGGACAGUAGGCGGUUACCUUCAGCAGCACCAGGCUCAUCUCACCCUGCAGCAGCACAACCAACUCCAACAGCUCCAACACCUUCACCACUACCAGCAGCAACAGUUCCUGCAGUACCAACAACAACAGUCUAUGGACCACAGGCCACACAGUGCCUCCCAUUCCCUCCAAGCCACUCCCAACAGCACCAUCCACAGUCUGGGACCGCCCACCCACCCUCGGCUCGCUGACCUGUGGGGAUCCGCGCAGGUCGAACCACACCACGUGGAGAUUGUCGGGCAGCUGAGUGGACAGAUGGGUGAUAUGGUCGGAGGAGUGGUGGAGACCGUCGGAGAGGAGCCAGAGCCCGAGUCUGAAGACAUCGCCGAACAGCAUGAAGAGGAAGAGGAGGAGCUGACGAAGGUGGAAGAGGUAACAUUUACCUUGGAGCCGGAGCGGUUCUCUUUGACCCCGUCCCCGCUGAGAGAUGAGGGCUCAUCCACCAGAGGCUCAAGUCCAGGACUGCCAGCACAGAUCCCAGAAUCUGACAGGAUACCGCUGGACGUCACGUCCUGCGUCGUCCAGCUGCUGGAGAAGGACGAGGAGGCAGAGGACGGCUCCAUCGUUGUCGUUGCAACCAACUGAAUCAUACGGCCAGAAAAAAAAAAAAAAAAAAAAAAAAACUGCCAAAAAACUGG